AUGCACCCAACUGGGAACAUGGAUGUUGGUUUUUCUCGUUCUGCUGUUCAUACACUGUCAAGAAGCCACUGCAGAAACAUCAAACAAAAAAUUUCUCAGUGGGAAGGAAGAACUAAUGGUAAAUCUAAUCCAGAUAAGUGCGAUCCAAAGGACUUUGGAGUGAGAUAUAAUAACUGUAAUCAAGAGAUUCUUCUUAAGAGAAAUCCUGUUGCUGAGGGAAAGAGCAAAAACCUGGAUGUCACCAACUCUCAAAAUGUUGAUCAGGGUAUUAAUGAAGAUGCCAAAAGCCACAAUCGAAGUGAGGAUGAAAGUGAGAGACGUGAGUAUGAUGAUACACACUUCUUUAAAAAUGAAUCAGGAUCCAACUGGGUAUGUUCUCGGGCCAAACAAACUGAAAGCUGGAAAGAAGUUUUGGAUCCAGAGACUUCAUUACCUCCAGGAAAUUUCUAUACCUCACAGAUAUUGUGGAAGAAAAUAGAAGCACUUCCCCCAGAUAAAGUCUUAAAUUUAGCUUUAGAACAUUGUGACUCUUCAGAAAAAGAACUGAAUUUCAGAGGUCUGGAUAGUUCAUAUGGAGUAACGAAGAGCUUAGAAAACAUUUACUCUGAACCUGAGGGACAAGAGUGUGGACCUUCUAUAAAUCCUUUGCCAAAACCUCGUAGGACAUUCAGAUAUUUAUCUGAAUCUGGUGAUAUGCCAUAUAAAGAAAGAAACUGUGACAGAAAAUACUGUGAAAAUAAUUCUUGUACAGAGCCCUCUUUAGCCUCUUCUCAGGAACCUGAACCAAAGAACUAUGGCAGAAAAAUCAGAGGGAGAUCUAAAAGGAAAUCCUUUGAAUUUGAGGACAUUCAGCACUUUCGAAAUCAGAACUCACGGAAGAUUCGUGAAGAACUUAGAAGAAAUUCUGGCUCAGCACUUUAUUACACACAGUCUGAGGACAAUAUCUAUGAGGAUAUCAUAUAUCCCAUCAAAGAAAAUCCAUAUGAAGAUAUUCCAGUGCAGCCUUUGCCCAUGUGGAGGUCUCUUUCAACAUGGAAGCUACCACCCCCUAAAAUUGCUUUCAAAGCACACAAGCUUCCUCCCAAACCUCAGUUACUUCACCGGAAGACUAUGGAACCGAAGAACUCACAAGUUUAUUUAUGGUCAAAGCUCACAAAGGAUACCACAUUGCCUGUCACUUUAACUGAAUGGAAGCUUUUCCGAGCUGGAGAAGUUGCAAACAGGAAAAGGAAAAAUCUUCCAAGGCUUGUAUUGAAAAUAGAUGAUAUAUUUGAAUCUAAGAGAGGGAAGAAGAGGGUAAAGUUACACCCUUACACUGGAAAAGAUGUACCUCCCUCUAAAGGUGAAACCUGUGGGUACGAAAGUGAUGCCGAGUAUCUGCCAAAGAGUCGCUACAAGCGCAUAGCGCAACUGCAGCAACCUUCCAAGAGGAAUCCUCACUACCAGACCUUAGAGCGGGAUCUAAUUGAAUUACAGGAGCAGCAGCUGUUUGAACUUUUUGUGGUGGUGUCUCUACAGAAGAAGCCAUCAGAAAUAAGCUACAUUCCCCAGGUCAUACAACAAUUCCCUAGCAAGGGUGAUCAUGGCUGUAAGCAAUCCAGAGACAUUGAAGACAGGCUCAAAGUUAUCCCAAAAUUUUGUUUUCCUGAUUCAAAGGACUGGGUGCCAACCUCAGAACUCAAGAGUGAAACGUUCUCCUUUGUCUUAACUGGUGAAGAUGGGAGCCGGUGGUUUGGUUACUGUAAGAAGCUCUUGCCAGAAGGCAAAGGAAAGCGACUCCCUGAGGUAUACUGCAUGGUCAGUCGCCUAGGCUGCUUCAACCUUUUUUCAAAGAUUCUAGAUGAAGUAGAAAAGAGAAGAGAAAUGUCUCCAGCUUUGGUUUACCCAUUUAUGCGAAGUGUCAUGGAAGCUCCUUUCCCAGCUCCUGGACGCACCAUCACAGUAAAGAGCUACCUCCCUGGGGCUGGAGAUGGGUCAAUUGAACUGUGCCGACCACUGGACUCACGAUUGGAACAUGUUGAUUUUGAAUGUCUCUUUAAGUGCCUGAGUGUGUGCCAUCUCAUUCGGGUCUGUGCCUCUCUCCUUUUGGAGCGGAGGAUAAUCUUUGUUGCCAACAGCCUAAGCACCCUGUCAAAAUGUGGCCAUGCUGUGGUUGCCACACUGUAUCCAUUCACCUGGCAGCAUACCUACAUCCCAGUCCUGCCAGCAUCUAUGAUCGACAUUGUGUGCUCACCUACUCCUUUCCUUAUUGGAAUCCUGUCUUGCUCCUUACCACAGCUCCAGGACCUACCCAUUGAAGAGGUGCUGAUAGUUGAUCUCUGUGCAGACAAGUUCUUACAGGAGGUAUCUGAUGAGGAUGAAAUUCUACCACCUAAACUCCAGGCUGCCCUGAUACAAAUUUUGGAAGAACGAAAUGAAAUUUUGGCUCAGGAGCAGAAUUUUUUACAAGAAGAUGUGACACUCAACUCUCUGGUGUCCGAAGCAUUUGUCAGGUUUUUUGUUGAACUGGUGGGACAUUAUUCUUUGAGCAUGACUGUCACUGAGCAUGGGGAGCGUGUAUUCCAAAGGGAGCCAUUCCGUAAAUCCCACACCUCCCGAAGUGUACGCCACUUCCUGGAUCUCUUCAUGGAAACUCAGAUGUUUGCAGGAUUCAUCCAGGACCGAGAGCUUCGGAAAAGUGGGGUGAAAGGUUUGUUUGAGGUCCGGGCCCUCCAGUAUUUGGAAACAAUUCCUGAAUCUGAGCCCAGUGGAGUGAAUAGAAUUUUGCGGACUCUUGGAAGUAAAAUGAAAUUUCUUCAGAAGAAAUGAAAUCUUUGAUUGACAGCCUCCAUCCUAAAUAGAACAGAAAGUGACAAAGAAACUAUUUUUCCAAGAGUCAAGAUGCCCUGAAGUAUUCUACAAAGUCUUGAAAGUUGAAAGGUUACAGAGCGGGCCAGGUUCUCGGAGGAGGAUUCUCCUGUUGCUGCUGUAGUAAUCACUGGAGAAUUGUUGGGAGUAGUCUGGAACCAAUGCUCCCUUUAUUCUGCCACCAGAUUUUUUUUAAGUGGCCUUUCUUUUUGAUUCUUGAGCUCAUUCUUUGUGUUUUGAGCUUAGUCUAUGAAGGCAUUUGUCUUUUACAAGAAAGAGAUGGUGUUGCAUUUUAAAAACAGCUCAUAGAUGAGCACAAUGAGAAAAGUGCUGCAUUUAAGGUACUACGGAGGCAUGAUAGAAGUAGAGGACUAGCCCUUCACACAUAAUUCUCAUCACUGAAAUACCAUGGCAGCUUUAAA